AUGAUGCAACGUCCAGCAAUCGCAGCGCUUUGUUAUCUAUUACUCCCAUUGAUAGUUUUAUCAAGUCCAAGUUGGAUUGAUACUUUUAAAGAUUCCCCAGAAGAAUCUUCAACUGAUGAUGAAGAAAUCAUGGAGAGACGUUGGCAGCUGGGCUAUGAAAACUGGCGUCUUCGAUGCGAGAAAUUCGAGGCGGAGGAGAAUCAGACCUUCCCUGUAAACACUCGAAUAGCUGGCGGGGAACUGGCAACACCUGGCACGUUUCCCUAUCAAGUGGGUCUUGUAAUUCAACAGAGUGGAGGGGAUCUGAUAAAGUGCGGUGGUUCCCUAAUCACCAGUCAAUUUGUUUUGACAGCUGCCCAUUGUCUAAGUGAUGCCAUUGGUGGAAGGAUUUACUUAGGAGCCACAAGAUUCGCCGAUGAAGGUGACUCUGCUGAAGCGUUUAUGGUUACACACAGAGAUUUCUUAGUCCAUCCAGGUUACUUGGGCUUUGGGGGAUACAAUGACUUGGCUUUGAUCCGACUGCCAAGAAAAAUCGUAGCCUCAGAUCGAGUUCAACCAAUCGAGCUGGCAGGAGAAUUUAUGCAUCAAAAGUUUUUGGAAGGGCAAGUGGUGACCCUUUCGGGUUGGGGUAGUCUAGGAGAUUCUACCAACAGUGAGACUCGUCUUCUUCAGUAUUUGGAUGUGGAGAUAAUUGAUCAGGAACGAUGCAUCUGCUAUUUCCUGCCAGGAUUGGUUAGCCAACGACGUCACCUGAGCACCGAUGGCAGUAAUAGACGAGGUGCCUGCAAUGGCGACUCCGGUGGACCGUUGGUGUACCAUUGGCGCAAUGUCAGCUACCUGAUUGGGGUCACCUCGUUUGGCAGUGCCGAGGGAUGCGAGGCGGGGGGACCCACUGUCUACGCCAGGAUAACCGCAUAUUUGCCAUGGAUCCGACAGCAAACGGCAAUGACCAACUAA